AUGUUUGUUUCAUCGUUACCAGCACUUCGCGUGGCCAUCCGAAGCCGUCUGUUCUCGAUGACCACUCCUUUGUCGAAUGUGGCAUCUGUCGAGGGAGCUAUUCGCCAAAAGCUCACUUCCAGCCUUGAGCCGUCCGAACUUACUAUCACCAACGAUUCUUGGAAGCACCGCCAUCAUGUUGCUAUGAGAGAACAAGGUGGGGGUAGCGGGGAAACGCAUUUUUCCGUACAGAUCGUGUCAGAGGCGUUUAAGGGAAAGAACACCAUGCAGAGGCAUCGCAUGAUUUACUCCCUCCUUUCUGAUGAGUUCUCGAAGGGCUUGCAUGCGCUCUCCUUGAAGACAAAGACCCCUGACGAGACUCAAACUGUGUGA